AAGGAAUGUGACGGGGUCCUUUGAUCACGGUAUAUCUGUCAUGGAUGUCAAUGUCAGUGUCAAAUGAUAAAUGUAAAUGUCUGACAGCUAGAGUCAACUGUCAGUUGGUGCGAAUGUUUAUUGUUUUUGAGGAUUUCCGAAUUUUAUUUAUUUCUAAGUUUAUAGCAACCUGUUGCUUGGUUAUUUAUUAUUCUCGCUAUAAAGUACGACGUAACAAACGUGGUAGCCCCUGUUCAUUUAAUGCCGAUCUCCGUACUACUUGAGCGUUGUAUUUUUUUUUUGUGCUAGACUUAACAGAACCCCGCGUGUUUAUUCGCGCAGUUCCCAUUCUUGUGGGAAUACGGGGAUAUAAUAUAGCCUAUAUUACUCCGUGAUAGUGUAGCCAAUCAUUAGUGAAAAAAAAAAUUAUAUUAUUUAUUAUCUAUCCAGUAGAUUUCACAGUAUAUUGCAUAGAAACAAACAAAACUUCCUUGUUUAUAAUUUGUAUUUUAUAGCUAAUUUAUAUAGUUUUUAAUAGUUUUUGUAAUAAUAAGAACAUUACGGUACGAUGCCGUGUAGAAACCGAAAGGGGUGUGGAUUUUCAUCCUCCUCCUAACAAGUUAGCCCACUUCCAUCUUCACUUACCAUCAGGUGAGAUUGUAGUCAAGGGCUAACUUGUAAAUAAUUAAAAAAAAAAAUCUUUCAACUUUUUAAUAUUGGUAUAAAUAAGAGACUCGUAACUUUAGUGGUAUUUUUAAAUAUCUCAACAAUGAAAGAAGAUAGAAGGAAGUGUUUCAAAUGUGGUUCGUCACCUGCUGACGACCCAGACACAGUUUUAUACAGAUUUCCGAAACCUGGUUCCACGAAUAGUCUCCGUUGUGAGGUAUGGGCAAAAUAUUGUUGUCCAGACAAACCAUGGUACAAUAUGGAGUUCCAGGGUAAAUUGCACAACGAACACAGAAUGCUAUGUCAUCGACAUUUUCUUGAAUCAGCAUUUGUGGACUUCUCUAUGAAGAAAUUGAGACGCUUUGCUUAUCCUGAAGUGGUGGAGGAAUCUACAGAUUCAAUUCAAGAACAAGAACAAGUUACUGCCACAGCAUCUACACAGACAGCUACAAAUCUCCCUGAAGGCAAUUCUGUUAUUUUUUUUAAUGGUUCCACGACAACAGACAAGACACCUAUGCAAGAAGAUAGCAAUAUAGAUAUUGAAACAGAUAAACCUGAUGAAACUGAACGCAGGAUAGAUUUAGACAACACCUCGUCUUCUAACGGUUGUAAUAUUACUGAGCCUUAUCCUGAAUUUUUGGAAACCGAAUUCCUUGAUGAUAUAGAUACUGAUGUUGAUGAGGACCCAUUGGCAUUAGUACCAGAAUCAGAAUCAGAAGAAAUGGAGAUCCUCUACGACCUUGAGCCAUCCAUAGAUCCAAGAAUGCAGGACGCACUAAAUCUACAUGCACAAAUAUUAAAAAAAGGACUGAAGAAAGAUACCAAAGAAGCACUUUUCAAACAGUACAUUAUACCAGAAAAGUUUUCAUUACUGCAUGCUCCAAAAUUAAAUCCAGAAUUAUCAGAGGCAGUAACAGAGAGAAUCCGUGCGAUAGAUGCAAGAGUAGUGGUGGCACAAGAACAGUUGGGUCAAGGUAUUGCCGCCCUCUAUGAAGGUUUAGAAUUGCUGAUAAAUGAUUCCAAGGAGAAUCUUGCAAUAAAAGCUUUAAGUGACAGUUGUCAGAUAUUAUGCGAUCUACAUCACAUGCAAACACAAUCGAGGAGGAAUCUAAUAGAGACAAAUGUAGACAAAGAAUUAUUAAAUAUAUUACAAGAUCUAGAACGUGACGCUUUUCUGUUCGGAAACCAUCUUUCAGAAACAAUAAAAGAAUGUAAAGAAAAAGAAGAGACCCAAAAGUUAGUAUUAGUAAAGAGUAAUCUAGACACUGAAAUCUUAAAUUUUAUACAAGAUGAGAAUCAAGAGUUUUCUUUAGAAAAUGAAGUUAUAGCUGACACAAAUGCAAAUAAAGAUAAUACAAUAAGAGGCCUGCGGAAGAUUGUAUUUGUUGACAUUAAUGUAGACAAUAAAGGAAAAGAUGUAAAGCAAGAUUUACGUUUAGAAAAAGAAUUUGAAACUACAAAACUGGGUACCCAAAAGGUGGUCAAUCAUAAUAUAGACCAAAAAUACUCUAAUGUCUCACAAGAUUUGCCAUUCAGAUAUGAACUUUUAGAAAAUUCAAACACAAGUAAAAACAUUGAUGAACAGAACUUAGAAGAAACAGAAAAUUUAGACAUACAGUUCCCAAAUGUCAUGAACGCCGAAAAAGGUUUACUUGGAAAUAAUCGUGCUCGAAAAAUUAAAGCAAGUAAAGACGCUGUGAAACAAUUGCAUAUUCUUUCUCCAUCAAAAAGGCCGUCAACAUCAGCUCAACAAGCUGUUCUCCAGUCGAUAAAUUCAACUUUGUCGUCUAACAAACAGGGUGGGUUGAAGAGGACUAUAGUUCGGAAAGUGAAAUUCUUGCGUCCAGUGAAGAGAGCUACUCCUACCAGAGUAGACAGUGAGCAACCAACUAGCGAUGAAGAUUCACCUGCAUGGAUGUACAAGACAUGACAAAACGAAUAACCAUAUGCACAGUAUAAAGAAGAACAGCACAUAAAAGUGUUUGAAAAAUAUCUCUGCGAUAAUAUUUUUAUAAGUUUUGAUUCUACAAAAGAACCGAAGUCAACAAUUUGCAAAGAUAGUUUGAAGAGCCAAUGGACAUUGGAGUCCCAAGUGCUGGAAUGUUGACUCUGCACCAGAAAGUUGAAAGAAAGCAGUGUUGGUCAACUGCCCAUUAACUGAACCGAGGAUAUCAAGAGGGUUGCAGGAAGCCACUGGAUGCUGGCGGCUCAAAAGUCCCUGCAAGAGGUCUAUGUCAACACCAAAGGCCCCUGAACUACAUAGGCCCCUUAUGUGUGAAAGCAAAAAUUAGUAAAACAUAGACAACAAUCUCUCAAGUAAUCUAGUGCUUUCCAGGACAUAAAAAAACGUUGAAAAAGCUAAGCUCUUUUUUUCUCGGGUUAAGCGUGCGCUCAACUAUAAUUGUAAAUAUCGUACUUAAGUUACUGUCUUUAUUUUAAGCAUUUUUGUAUAUUUAGUGAGAAAUCUUUAUCCUUCAUUGGGCCCUAACUAUUUUGAUACAGGGUCACUAGACGCACUAAGCCACUGCUCCAGACUCCAGCAGUGGAUGCCCAUGGCUGAUAAUGAUGAAGCUUUUAUAUACGAACUUUUCCUGUUAGUAUGUAUGGGUCAGGCAAAUGAUGGAAGCUUAAUAGGGUAGUUGACUCAUCCAAUUUUAAUAUAAAGAAUAUUAAUUUCGCAUAGUACAUGGGACAAGGGUACGAAAUACAUUGAUAUUAAUUAAUAAAAGUUAAGGAUUUGUUAUAAAACUUGAUUUAAAAAUCAUGUAUUUUCCAAAAUUUUCUAAGCGUCUAAAACGCUGUAAUCCAUUUUAUGACGUCACAAUGUUACUUGAUGUACUAAACGUCAAACUAAUUGUUAUCUAAUUUUUGUCAAACGCUCCAUUUGUAAGGCAUUUGUUAUAGUGACGUCAUGAAACACUCGAAAUAUAGACCAUCAUGGCCGACAGGCAAAAAAAAAAUAUUAUUAAAUAAAUUUAAUUUUCAUGUAAUCACAACUCAAAAAAAAUAUUUAUUCCAGUACAAAGAUAAUGAACUAUUUAAGACCUUUAAAAAAAAAGUGUCAACUAGCCUAUUGGUUAUAAUAAGUAAGAAGUAUGUAUAUUAUAGAGCAGUCUCUAGGCAUUAUGACAUACUACAUAUAAUUAUUUUUACAAAUGCCUUGAUUUAGAAAGUUAACUGAAAUAAACAUAUUUAGAAUUUUGGAAAGCGGAAUGGCUUAUUCACUAUCUUUGACGUAUGCUAGUUGACACUCGAGUUACGAAAUUGUGACUAUGUAAUAAAUGUAAACCGGUGCCUGCUAGUAGAUAUCAUACAGUAGGUAGAUGACAUUUUGUCAAUUGUUUUUAUGUUUUUUAUAGGUUGAUAAAAAGACUAAAAGAAGCCAGCUGAUUUGUCAAAAUAUGUGUCAUUUAUUAUUAAAUAAUAACAUCAGUUUUUGUAUCAGUUUAGUGUUUUAACUUCAGUUUGAUUGACAGUAGCAGAAAUGCAACUUCAACGAAAAAUAUACAAUAACUGUGAAUUUUAAUUAUUACUUUGAUGAUUUUGAUUUAUUGUAAAAGAAUUUUCGUCAUUUAUUUUUUUUCUGUAUUGUGUUGAGCCCAAUAGUUAAGUGUGCAGAUAGCGUCGGUAUGGUGACAGUUGCCUUAUGAUGUACAUACAACUAUUAUCGUGAAUUGCGGCAAUCUUUCAAGAGUGAAACAACCUGUCACCGUACCCAUGCUAACUGAAAAACACUUAAGUAAAAUUGAACAGUUUGCAAUAGUUACUUACCGUCUCAGCAAUGUCCAUCCAAACCAUGGAUUUGGCUAAGUUGUCGUUGCUCGAAGGUGUCUUGUCCCAAUUCCAAUAAGUGAGUUCCUUGAAACCGCCGAUUACCUAUAAUACCAAAACUUAUUUAUAAAAACAAUAAAUAAAUUAUGUUUUUAUUA